ACGUUAGGUUCAAGGCAGAAUGACAGCUGAGAGUGUUGUAAAGGUGCAGCAUUGCGGUCCGUAACAACACCGACAAUUAUCCACGCACUUUAAAAACAAGGACCGACAACAUUUAAGCCUUUCACGCUCUUUUUCUGCCUCCACCUGGACGUUUCAGAGUGAAACGGAGGACAGCAGCCGUCAUUCUUCAGGAUAUUUAUAUUCUCCUUCUUCGCCGACAGAGAGAGCGAGAGCAAGAGAGAGAGAGAGAGGAAAAAAGAUCCGGAUGUACCAGCAGUAUUGUUUUUUUUCGCAUGGCGUAGACACCUAUCCUUCAACGGAAUAUUGUUGAUGAUUGGAGGGUCGAAAGAGGCCCUCGGGUCGACAGCUAACACCAUUAACGUUAACUUCUCCUCGAUAGACACCUCUUGAAGGAUUAAUUAAUGAAAUGAUUGUGCAAUCAUAUUGAGGAAGAAGGUUUUAUAUCCUGUCUUGACUACCUCAGUGUUGUGACUGGAGAAAGAGAGAGACAGUAGAAGUCAGCAGGAAUAAUACAUUGUGUCUGUCUCCUGCCAUAAACCCCACAGAGGACGCUUUUCCUUCUACAAACACCGAGGAGGAAAGAGGGGACAUUUGCUGUGUGAGAGCGGGGUGUAUGAACGUGUGAGCACCAGAAAAAACCUCCAGGAUGUCGGGCAGCACCUCAGCGGACAUGAUAAAUCUGCGGCUUAUUCUGGUCAGUGGAAAGACGAAAGAGUUCCUCUUCUCUCCUAACGACUCGGCUGCAGACAUUGCAAAACAUGUUUAUGACAACUGGCCGAUGGACUGGGAAGAGGAGCAAGUCAGCAGUCCAAACAUCCUGAGGCUGAUCUACCAGGGACGUUUUCUACACGGCAACGUAACACUAGGAGCCCUCAAGCUGCCCCUGGGGAGGACCACGGUGAUGCAUUUAGUUGCCAGAGAGACUUUGCCUGAGCCAAAUUCCCAAGGUCAAAGGAAUAGAGAGAAGACUGGGGAGAGCAACUGCUGCGUCAUUCUGUAAAUACACACCUGCGCUGCCAGCCCUCCGUUCUGCUAGUCCGUUCACGCCGUCAAUGUCCUGGACCCGUUGAGCUUGUCCUCUGUCCUGGAGCCUGUCUGCCACCCGGAUGCACCCACUAACCCCCCACACCCCAACACCCCCACACACGCCCACCCCCACAUGCACACAUGCCUCCUUAUCACCACUCACCCCCUUCAUUCACACAUUUACAGGCUAAAUAGGAUGUCAGCAGGCUCAGGCUAAUCCAAGACCGAAUUGGGGAGCUGGAAGUUGAUUAAUAAUAGAGUUGAUUCCUAUGCUAUACUUGAUUUGUUGUUUUUAACUGAAAAGUAGAAAAAGGAACUGGAUUUGCAUGUGUUUUUUCUUUCUCUUUGCUUUUUUCCUAAACCUUCUGCCAUACACUGUCACACCUCUAAUCGCCAUCUUCAGCUGGUCAGCGGAGUCGGCUUCUUCUCGUUGCAACACAGCAGCCAAGUUUGUGUGUGGCCUUGUUUUCUCAUGUAGACCGGCUGAGAGUUUUAACUACUAAGCUCAUCAGAGCCUCAAUGUGACGCUGGGUGUAAAACCUUAUGUGUUUGUCUGAAAGCACCUCAGUGCAGCACAGGAAGCGUAAAACGUGCCUGAUCAGAGAACUCGAACCAGGACUCACUCACUCCCUCUGAACACAUCUGUGUCCUUUUUAACUGCCCUCCUCUAUAUGUGCCCUUAAAGGUCGCAGGACAGAAAUAACAAACCUGUGCAGAAAUAAUCCUGUUUUUAGCCAAAUAGAAACAAGUAUACAACCAACCAGUGUUGGCGGACCAUCGUCUUUGGAGAUUUAGUUCUAGCAGUCCAUGAGUAUUACUGACCAACUAAACUGGUGAUUUAUUAAAGCAUUAUGUGAAUUUUUCUCCCUCUCCUGCAACAUCCCAAUCUCAUCCCUUUGCUAUCAGUGUUGUGAAGGAUCUCUGAGACGUCACCGUAAGUUUGAAAAUGCUCCCUCCUUGUCUUAAUUCUCUCUUCUUACCUCUCCUUCAGCAUUAAUGAGUCUAUUUUGCACAACAGAAGCAUGUGCUCUUUCAUCAGAUUAAAGCAAAUGUAUGAAAUGAGUUUUAUUUUAUGUUUCCAAUGGAAGUAAUGUUCCAAACUGAGGUUAACACAUGUAGAAUAUAUUUAAUAUGAAUCUUUAUCUAGAACAUGGAGAUUUUAGAUCUUGGUGAUAUCCAUUAUAUUGGUGUUUAGUCGAUGAUUGUGUAUAUGGUUAGCUUCUAGCCAGUUCACAGUCACUCACUGACAAUGUCUUUGUGUUUAACAGCAGCAAAUCCUCCCUAAUUGUUCAUGGACUGAUGGGUUUUUAUUUUAUUUUCUUCUGUCCAGUUUUCUUUUUUCAUUUGUUUGUAAUUUAAUGUAAUCCAAUUUUUUGUGUUUUUUUUUUUUUUGCUUUAAAGAAUUGCUUUGUAACAGCACUAGGUCUUAAAAAUAUUGUUUAUAUUGAUCAGGGUUCAAAUCUGUACAGAGAAAAAAUGUUUUGAAACCAGUUGUAAAUAGCACUAAUGCUCUCUCUCCCCACCCCUCCAAAUCUUCAAAAUACAUCUGUAAACUAAAUAAAGGUUAUUGAAGUGCA